GCGCAUGCGCUGUAGCAGUAGCUUGUUUCGCAGCGUCCGCCAUUUUGCACUCUUGCUAGCUAACGUCGGAGCUGCAGAAUAAGGACGUCCAGCGUUUGCCGCGACACCGAGGUUCGGAUCAGUUUAACGGGCCAGCACGAUGUCGAACACGUCAGCAGACGCGGAGCUUCCCGAGAACGCCGAAGUCCGCAAAUUAUCGGAACUGAGAGUUAUCGAUCUGAAGGCCGAGUUGAAGAAGCGAAACCUGGACACGACUGGGGUCAAGAGCGUGCUGUCAGAGCGUCUCAAAAAGGCAAUUGAGGAAGAAGGUGGGAAUCCAGACGAGAUCGUUGUCGUCCAAGAGUCGACCCCCAAAAGAGCAAGUGUUACUCCCAAACGAGCUAGCAAAGGUGUCACGCUUGAAAGCAUUGAAGCAGAAGACGCCUGUAUGGAGGAGGAUUCUCGCGGUGAUCACGAGGAGCUUCUGGAUGACCAUGAGAACAUGCAGGACAUGGACAUCCUCGACAUGAAUAUUCUGGACGACACGGAAAACGACAGCGGCAUUCCGACCGAGGAUCACCUGGACGACGGCGAGAAUUUCGACAGAGAAUUUGACGCAGGAUUGGAUGAAGAACACGACUUUAGGAAUUAUGAAUCGGAAGAAGAAGGAAGAAGUUUAGAGCUGGAGCACUGUCAGCUGUUGGAUAACGAUGAAGAUGGACAAUGUUUAUCCUCUAAAAUGGAUGGAGACGGAGAUGGACCUGGAGAACAAACAGAAAAUGACAAAGUAGCCGGGUCUUGUUUAUCUGAGCCGCUUAAAGAAGAUCCCCACCAGAGCCGCGAGUCGGGCCCUGAAGAAGAGCAAGCCGCCACCGCCGGAGGGGAAGCCAGUGUGUCCAAGGCUGACGACGCUGCCUGUGGAGAUGUGGGAAGCGACCAGGAUAAUGUGGAGCCCGGAGCCAAAGAGGUUGGGGACGCGGGGAAAGUCCCAGAAGAGACAUUUGACGCUGAAAACGAAAGCUCGCAGGCUGUUAGUGUAAGCAAACAGGGCGGCACAGGUGAAACUGUUGGUUCAGAAAUGGGGUCUAAGAAGGGUGAGGAGGAUGAGAAGACGGAAGAGAGCGCUGCUGCGGAUUCUGGCCUGAAAGAGUCCUCCUCUGUUGAGGGCGAUGAUCAGAAGAAGAGCUCUGAGGAAAAAGACGGGAAAGCAGAGUCAAAGGAUGAAAAGGCCGCUGGAAGUGGUGCUGCCGCAAGUAGCCGGAAUCUGUGGGUCAGUGGUCUGUCCUCCACCACCAGAGCGACUGAUCUGAAAACGCUCUUCAGCAAAUAUGGAAAGGUUGUCGGAGCGAAGGUGGUGACGAACGCCAAGAGUCCCGGCGCUCGCUGCUAUGGCUUUGUCACCAUGUCGUCCACAGAGGAAGCCACCAAAUGCAUCAGCCAGCUUCACCGGACCGAGCUUCACGGGAAGAUGAUCUCUGUGGAGCGGGCUAAAAACGAGCCGGCGGGGAAGAAACCUGCAGAGAAGUCCGGUGCCGAGAGGAGACAGUCCACCGACUCCAAGUCCGAUGGAAAGGAAGAGAAAUCUGAGGGAGAAGGAGACGGUAAAGGGCGAAACGAGAGGACCGUGGUCAUGGACAAGUCUAAAGGAGAGCCGGUUAUCAGCGUGAAAACCAAAAGCAAGAGCCGGGACCGGAGCACAAAGAGCCGCGACCGUAAAUCCUCCAGCAAAGACAGGAAAGACAUCCUGACGUUCGAACAGAUCAAGAAGCAGAGGGAGCGGGAGCGGCAGAGGCAGUUUGAGAGGGAGCUCCGGGAGUUGGAACGCCGCCGAUUUACCGAUCGGGACAACCGUCCGGACCGUGAGCGCGAGCGGAUCCGUCUGUUCCGUGAAAGAGAAGAGCAGAAGCACCUGCUGCGGAAGAGACACUGGCUGGAGACGGAGAGGGAGCGCCUCGAGGCCGACCGCAUGGAGCGACAGUUCCUGGAGCGCGAAAGGAUGCGCAUCGAGUACGAGAGGAGGCGCGAGCAGGAGAGGAUUAUGAGGGAGCGCGAGGAGCUGAGGCGGCAGCAGGAGCAGCUCCGCUACGAGCAGGACCGGCGCCCUUUCAAAAGGCCUUACGACAUGGAGGGCAGGAAGGAGGAGUGGCCUGACAAGCGCAUGGCCAUGGACGACCGCUACGGCCGCUCCGACUUUAGCCGCCAGGAUCGCUACCAGGAUUUUGAUCACAGAGACCGGGGCCGAUUCCAAGACAAUCCUCGGGGGGUGGGCCCCGACAGAGAUGGACAGCACUUUUCUGAGAGACACGGCAGAGAGUCGUGGAGUGGGGGCUACGACAAGCGCAUGAACCCCAGGGACGGCGGCCGUGACUGGGAUUCCGGUCGGAAGAUGGACGGAGACCGGUCUUGGCAAGGUCGUGACGGCGCCGUGGCGGGCCAGAGCCACAUGGCUCGUGGAGGAAUGGCGGGUCGUGGAGGCUACAUGAACGCCGGAGCCUCUCAGUCGCUGUCCGGACCUCUGAACAGAACAAACCCCAUGAUGCCGAGCGGCGGAAUGCAGGGGGGAGCGUUCGGCCGGCGUUACUGAUCUGUUGAAAGAUGAACUUUGUCAGACGGUCAUUUCCGGGUGGACGUGACUGUCUUGCUUUUGUAUAUUACAAGUUUUUGUCAUCCAUUAUUGAUGGACUCCUCCCACUUCCUGUUCUGGGCGCCGCAGUGCAAACACUGACAGUGUGAAGGAGAGCGUCUCCAAAGCUGUAAGAAAUGUUUACCUGGACUGACGGACCUGACCUCACCGAAAGCCUCAUGUCUCUGGUCUUUUUUAGAAUGAAGAUGCUUCUGGUUUUGCCUUUUUUCUUUUAAUUACGUCAUGUUUUUCUUUAAAGUUUGCUUGUUAGAUCUUCCAGUUAAGAAGAAGACUGAAAUGUCGAUUGUAAUGAGUCAAACAUGUUUGAGUUUGUGCAGAACGUUUUGGUUCCUCUGAUUAUGGAUGGGUCUUUUAAUACCACAGCCGACAUCUUGUAAAAUCCACAAGGAGAAAUAAAAAUAAGAAGUUUUUCAGGA